UGUCUUGCAUUUGGGUGCAUUUAAAAGUCCCUUUGUUAUGGCAUGAAUUGUCUUUAAGUUAGUGGUGCGGGAUAGAACGCAUUUUAAUGGCUUAACAGUUGCAAGCAAAUACAAAUGUGUGACCGCUCCUGCUUAGAAAAGAGAUACGUAGUUGUCUACUACUGGGCCGUGUUUGCUUUGGAAGAUGUGUUACUAAUGAAGGUGGAAAGGAUGGAAUCUCUGACUCCUUCACCAGACUCAGUAGAUAAGAAAUUGAAGAUAACUCAUGUAGAAUGCCAUCCUGAGUGCUUGGUUAUAGUAUUCCAGGCUCAGUACAACGUAGGAUGUGAGCUUGACUAUUUCAUACUACAAAAUGAAAUACAGCGUGUGUUCAAAGUAAAAGAUGAUGUCUCUGUUGGUGGAUCUUGCUUGGUGGAAGACACAGAAGGAGAAUGGCAUAGAGGAAGAGUUCUGAGAAAAAAAGGGAAUAUCUGUGAGACUUUUCUUAUAGACACUGGACAUGUGUUAGCUGUUGAGGAAACACAUCUUGCUGCUGCUAGUGAUAAAUUGUUUCAGCUGCCUCCAAAGGUGGUUUUGGGUAUUUUUGCAAGCAUACUUCCUCUUGGAGAAAAAUGGGGUCCGAAAGCUGUUAACUAUUUUUCAUCUCUGGUAGGAUUACAGAUCACUGGUCAUGUGAAGGCUGUUACACCAUAUCAGCUGUUUAUUCUAGAAGUGCCUAAGAUUAUUACUGAUGUUCUUGAACUGCAGCUGGGUAAAUUUAUUGAUGGAGAUUCAUUUUGUCUUGUUGUAGGAACUUUAAGAGCAUUGCCCCAAGGAAUGCUUUGUAAGAGAAUGCCACAACUGUUGACACAGCAGUAUCCGUUCAGGGAGUUACUUACCUUAAAUAAUUCUGAGAAACCAACAGAUUUUUGGCAUGUUCCAGAUCAACUCUUUCCAUGUCUACCUGUUGGCAGUAAAGAAAAUGUAAAAAUAACUGGAGCAGUAAGCCCAAAUAAAUUUUAUUGUCAGAUACAGAAGUGGCAGAAAGAGCUGGAAUGUUUGACAGGAGCCAUGCAUUUGUACUAUGAAGCUCUUGUUGGAGAAAAUACCACAUGUUGUGAUAGUUUCGGGCUGCUCUGUGCUGCCAAGAGGCAGAAUGGACAGUGGCAUAGAGGAGUGAUAAAACAACUCCUCUCUGACCACGUGGAGGUCUGGUUUAUGGAUUUUGGCAUUAUUGAAGCUGUGCCACCUAGUUUUAUUCGGAAACUGAAAGCUGAGUUCAUGACGUUACCAAUGGUUUCAUUUCCAUGUACACUGUCUUGUUUUGGUAGUCAGGAUGAAACAAUAAUAAAAUUACAGUUCAAAGAACUUACACAAGCCUUAAUAGGACAAACCUCUGUGUGUGUCCAAGUUGAUCUAUACAAUAACACUGAACGCUUGUAUUAUAUAACGCUGCAGAAACAAAAUCUUGGAAUUAAUGCUGAGCAUCCAGAAGACCAGAAUGAGACAGCUGCUGCCCCAUGUGUCUCGCUUUUGGAAACAAAAACCAGAAGUAUUGCACUAAACCACAAACCAAGUCCUGAGAGAAACAAUUUGUCUAAGAUUUCCUCUGAAAACAAAGAUAAAAAAGCCUGCUUACCUGAACAGGACAUUUCUUUCUCCAGCCACUGCAAGAGAGUAGAGAUGGAAAUGAACUCUUUUUAUGGAGCUUUUGUAGUAUACGUUGUAAAUCCAUCUGACUUUUGGAUUCAAACGUGUAGAUACCAGAAGGAGUUUCAUGUCUUGAUGAAAAACAUUGCCUGCACCUACAGUCAAUAUAAAGAUGAUGAGAUGGUCCUUAAAAAGCCAGAGCCUGGGUUGCUGUGCUGUGCCCGGUAUAGCAGGGAUGGGUGUUACUACCGGGGUGUUGUCACAAAAGUGUUUCGUGUUAGCGUUAUGGUUUACUUUUUAGAUUUUGGAAAUACAGAUACUAUACCCUGUCACUUUGUGAAAACAUUGCUUCCUGAGUUUUCUGAUUUACCAGCUUUAGCUAUGUGUUGUUCCCUUGCUUGCACAUUUCCUGUUGAUGGUGUGUGGGUUAAAAAAGAAACUGAUUUCUUUAAAAACAUGGUGUUGAACAAACCACUGCUACUUCAGGUCGUUGGAAAGCAAAACAACAAGUACAUUGUUAAUGUGCAGUGUCAUACUGGUUUCCUGCAAGGAAACGUUGCCACGUGUAUGGUUCAAGCUGGUUAUGCUGAAUAUCGGCUAAAGCCUCCAGAUUCUGUUGUGAGGGCAGCAAAAAAGCGGCACAGUGGGAAUCACCUCAAAUGUAAAAAAGAAAAAAUCAAUGCAGAGAACACCAGUAAUAUUUGCAAAAAUAAGGUGUCUGGAAAUGGAGACAUGCUUCAGAAGGAAAAAUCAUUAAAUGUGCUGCCAGUGCCUAGAGAAUCUGUUGUGCCAUUGUGUUCAGGAGAUGUUGCUGUCUCCAAAAUGCAUAAAUCAGUAUGUGAGCAAAAAUUAGUUUAUAAGGAGCUUGUGUUUAAACCAGGAGCUGCUCAUGAAGUGGUGUGUUCUUGCAUCUUUUCCCCAGCAGAUUUUUCAUGUCAACUGCAAAGCAAACUGCCAGAGCUAAAUAACUUAAUGGGACAAAUUCAGACAUACUAUAAAGAUCAUACCAAUCCCUACAAAGCUGGACAGGUUGCCUGUGUUGUUAAGUAUCCCAGAGAUGGGAAGUGGUACAGAGCCACUGUUGUGCAGGAGGUAUCCACAAAUGAAGUUGAUGUGGUUUUUGUAGACUAUGGUUAUCAGGAAAGAGUUUCACUUAAAGAUGUACAGGGUAUUCUUCCAGAUUUUCUAACUCUAGAGAGUCAAGCAUUUCGAUGUGGACUUAAAAAUGUAAUUUUACAGACUGACUCAAUUAAUUGGUCUGAAGAAGUGCAUAGACAGUUUGUAGAUUUCAUUUCUUCUCCUAGAGGACCACUGACUUGCACCAUUUAUGCUCUUGUUCUUGUGAGCCCCAACUGUUUAUGCAAUGUAGUUGACUUGCAGACUCCACUUGCUAGUGUAGAGGAAUUCCUCAGAGAACGUGGUCUCACCCAGCCUGAAUGUGUUGGACUGAGAAACCUUUCAUCUUUGGGUUCUUUGUAUAGUUUUUGCUAUUCAUCUUUCAAUAUAAAAAUUGGAAGUGAGGAGGAGGUUUAUAUAACUCACAUAAAUAGUCCUUCAGAAUUCUAUUGUCACCUUAACCGCAACUCUGAAACUCUUGAGGCAUUGAUGAAGAGGGUUAGUGACGUAAGUAAAAUGUCAAGUAAUGCAAAUUAUCAUGGCACUACACGACUGUGUAUAGCCAAGUAUGUGGAAGAUGGUCUCUUUUACAGAGCUUUGGCUUUUCCUGUGGAAUCAACGUCCUUUCUGUUGGUUGACUAUGUGGAUUUUGGAAAUAGGAGUAUGGUGGAGAGAGAUCAGUUGAUGCCUAUUCCACAUUCUGCCACUGACCUACUAUUCACACCCAUGCAAGCUAUUAAAUCCUGUCUGUCAGAUGUUAGGGGGGCAGAAUUUCCAGCAAGAAUUACUACAUGGUUUGUGAAAACAUUCCUUGGUAAACUGCUGAAGGCUGUAAUUUUAUCCAGAGAACCAGAUGGAAUGAUUGUUGUGGAGUUGUAUGAUGGACAGUUCACAGUAAGUCAGAAAAUUAAAGAAAAGGUAUUGGAAGAGUUGGCCCAGGAUAGCCAAGCCUAUGAUGAGCAUUACCAGGCAGAUACUGGUGAGAAAUUUGGAGAUGAAGAGCAAACUGCAUGUAGCAUACCAAAGUUGUGUAGUGGAUUCUCAAAACAGCAAACUUUACAGGACAGUAAAGAGCAAGGUUUUAGAAAUACUUUCAGUGCUCUUCUGGAGAACGGAGAGGAACCUUGGAUUGGACAACCUGCUUUUCACUCCCUGUCUUACUCUGCUUUACAUUUAAAGGAAAUAACUGUAAAUGCUCUCUCUGACUCUCAGAAUGAAAGACCAAAUAGUACAGGUCAACAGGAAAGCAGUAAUAAAAAUACACCUACAUUAAUCAGCCUUCCUCAACGUGAUAUCCAGGUGAAUACCGAAGUAGCAGGUUAUGUUUCUCAUAUAAAUAGUCCAUCAAGUUUCUAUGUUCACUUUGCAGAGGAUGAAAACUUAAUAAUAAAACUAGCAGACGAUUUGAAUGAAAGCUUGGAGAAUAGAGUUUGGGAUGAUUGCUUAAAUGAGUUCAUGGUAGGGGAUCUCAUUGUUGCAGAGCAUGACGCUGAUUGUUUUUACUAUAGAGCAGUUAUUAAAACUCUGAAAUCAGGAAACUCCUAUGAGGUAGAAUUUAUUGACUAUGGUAAUACUGCAGUUGUAAGUUCGUCAAAAAUCUGCAGGAUUCCAGAAAAGUUCUUAACUCUGCCAAGGUUUAGUGUUCAUUGUUUCCUUAGUGCAAAAAGUGUUCCCGAGGAAAGCUGGACUAAAGAAAGUGCUGCAUAUUUUGCAAGAACAGUAAGUGACAAGCCAGUAGCUUGCAAGUUCUUACAGCAACAUGGAGAAAAAUGGGAGAUAGAUGUAAUUUGUGAUGGAGAGUCUUUGUCUAACAGCCUUUUGCAUAAAAUAGACAGCAUAAGGUGGAAUAGCACGUGGGUGUUUUCUUUGGAAAAUAGGCCUAAACAACAUGGUAAUUCUCGAAAGUCUAAGAAUAGUUUAGGUGGCCAAAAUAAAACCAAGGCUCCUGGGAUGAAAAAUAUUUCUGUGCAACCCUUACAUCUGCUUCAUCAGGCGUUAAAUUCUGGACAAGUAGAAGCUGCAGAAGUAGUUAAUAUUUCAAAGAGUGGCGAAUUCUAUGUACAGUUACUUAAAAAUCUGCAAAUACUACAUGAGUUAAAUGUAAUGCUUGACAAAGAAGCACAAAGAAGUGAUUUGCUUAGAGUGGAUGACAUUGAACAGGGUCUGGAAUGCAUUACACUAUCUGAAAGGAACUUAAAAUGGAAUCGAUCAAAAGUGAUAAAGAAAUUUGUCAGGGAAAAGUUAAUGCUAGUUUUUUUCAUGGAUUAUGGCACGUGUGAGAUGGUGUCCUUAAACAAUGCGAAGAUGCUCAGUGAUGAGAUUAAGAGUAUUCCUAAACAAGCUGUUUAUUGUAGGUGGAUUUGUUUUAAAAACCUGAAGAAAAUUCACUUAGACCAUGUAGUAAAUGCGCUUCUAGAUUGUGAAAUAAGGAUCUUGUUUCUGAGAUACUUGAAAUCAUCUGAUAUCUGGGAGGUAGAUAUUUUAGUGGGAGAAGUUACACUUCAGGAGUAUUUGAACCAGCUCUUAAGUCAUUGCUGGACAAUUGCUGGACCAGAAAAGUGUAGUAAUACAAACUGUAAGGAGUUUGAUGUGUCAUUCAACAUAAAUUCAGUCAUGUGGAUGCUCUUGCGUAGUGGCAGAACAUAUCCUGGGUGUGCAACUGCAGUUACUGAUCCUUCAAACUUCAGCAUCCAGUUUGAAAUCUUCUUUGAUUGCAUGCGAAACUUGUCCCUGCUGCUCUCUGACCUUCCUGACAACUUGCCAGCUCUGCCAGAAGAACUCGUGAUACCUGGUGCUAGCUGCUUGAUCGAGUUUGGGCAGGAAGCAGAGUGGUACAGGGCAGAAAUUAAUGAAGUAACAGAUCAGUCUGUUGUUCUUACAUUUAUUGAUUAUGGCUUUCUGAGGACCAUACCUUAUUCUGAUAUCCAUAAACUUAAAGUUGUUCCAGAAAGUCUGUUGUACUUGCCACGCUUGGCACACUCUUGCUCCUUGCAUGAUACAGUUCCUGGUAAGGGGGAACACUGGAGUGAGGAAGCCAUACUUCUGUUUCAGCAGCUUCUUCAUAAACCAGGUCUGAUAUUUCAUUUUAUCCACUAUGGCUCUGAAAUGAAGUUAGAGGUGGACGUUUUGUGUGAAGAUAGAAAUCUGUCUGAUACCUUAAUUGCUGCAGGCCAUGCAGUCUGCUCUCACAGUAAGUGCUGUCCCAUUGCAGUUGACAGACUCUAAUCAGAAAAAAGAAUUGCAAGUGAAGUGGCCAGAUUCUAGUUACUAUGCUUCCCUUUGUGAACCAGAAUAUAAUUAUGAUAACAAUUCUGAUUUCGCUGACAGAAGUCAGGCAAAGAAGAGAAACAAAAAAAUCUUUUGAAGCACAGCAUUAGCUAUAAAAAAGUUUCAAAGAAGAGAGUGUGGUAAAGUGGCUGCUGGAAUACCAUUAACAAAGGAUCUGAGUUUACAACACUGAAAGGAAGGAAAUCCUGCGAAAGACGGACAGUGCUGUGAGGAUGGGAUUUUCUCAGCAUUAUGAUGACAAGAAAAGGAAAGUUGUCAUAACACAAAGUAAAUCUACUACCAGAAACACUGGUUGAGGCUUGUGAUUCUGAUGUUCUGUGGUCUGGAAAGACAGUGUCUGAAGCUGCUUGUCAGAGAAUUAGUUGAAUGAUCAGUAGGUUGCAGUUAGAAAAGUACUACUUCAAAGCAAUAUAAACCAAACAGCCUUUUUGUUGGAAUGCUCUUGAAGUUUUUGUACAUAUAUAUAUGAUAUUUAUUUGCAGUAACAUCUGGUUUACAGGGUGAUGUCUCCGUACUUUGGAUGUUCAGAAAACAAAGAUGCCAGACAUAUUUUCUUAGGUUCUGAAUUCAGAGUUUUCAUGUGAGAAAAGUUUAAAUGUUUACUACGAUUAAGCCUAAAAUCUGGAUCCCCAUGUAUGGAAAAUAUAUGCAUUAGGUUGUUUUCAAUUAGUUCUUGGUGUAGAGAUGCUAUUGCCCUUUCUGAAGGUUCUCUUAGUAUCUGAGUUGCAUAAUUUUGGGAUUUUUCACUCUGCUAGGGGUUUGUGUUCCACUGAUACUUCUCCUUUAUCUUCCUCCCCAUCAGAAUGAAGAGAGGGAGUUUUCUCUGGGUGUUUAGUCAAUAUAUGGUAAAGUCAAAAUAUUGUUUACAUCUUAAAGGGAAGCAUUCAGAACCUUUUAUUUUUUUCUCCUUUGUGGGAGGAGCAAAUUUCAAAACUGAAAAGUGAUGGCAGUACUGUGUAUCUUAGAAGGGUAGGUUUUUUUCAAUAUCUAGUCUGAAAUGUUAAGAAUUUGUCAGCUGUUUUUCUGAUUUUUUUUUUUUAAUUUUUUGCUCUCACCUCCUUCCUCUGUUCUUUGGACAAAGUAUGAAAAGUCCUGAAGCAAUGAGGGGUUUCCUUUGUAUGCUCUGUGAUUGUUUGAAUUUCAGUGAGAAAAUGAAUACAGCCCUGAUGGUUGACAACAUAUCUUAUGCAUCUCUAGAAGUAAACAAGAUUUAACAACACACAUGCUGUUUGCUCCCUGUCCCCCCCCUCCCACCCCCUCCAUAUCAUGAUGUAUUUAAUUUAUGUGAAAACCUGAAAGCUUUAUCUGGAAAACAGUUUUUUGGGGUUUUUUUUCAGUAAGAGAGACAUGUCGGGGAAAGUCAAGAGGUGAGACAAUGCCAGCUGAUCUUUAUAACGUUCACUUUGCUGGUGAAUUAUUCUUGAAGCUUAUAUUAUUUUCAUUGUAUAAGUGAAAAAUGCCCAUUACUAACAAAUCAGAAAAUGUGUGAGAUAAAAUUCCUUAAGUAAAUACUAUUUAAAAUAUCAGUAAUGUUAAUAUAGUGAUUAAAAAAAAGUGGUGGGGGUUGUAACCAUUUGUGAUUGUUUUCUUUAUAUUGCAUUGUUUCUUUAUAUUUCAGAAUUUCGAGGUUUUCCUACUAAAUUGUAAGCUUACCUGGCACAUUCUUUGUCAAUAGUUAGCCAUACUGCUGGUAUAUGUUGGUAUAAAACACAAAGGUUGUAUUGUGCAACAUUACUCAUGUUGAGUGAUGACUUCACACUUGCUGUGCUGGUUCAUUGUAGUGCCACAAAGAGACACUGACACUUACAUAUUAAUUAACACUGAUUUUAACUUCUGGCUGUCUUUCGGUUGGAAAAGUAGGAUAUUGGGCAUCUGUUCUUUUAAAAAAUCAUUUGGAUACCUUAAAUGCAAACAUGUUGUGUACAGUAAUACACAACUUGCAUAUUUUAAGUAGAUUUUUUUUUUUGCUUAUGUAUAUUGUGCUUUAACUUGUAUGUAGUUGUAGAAUAUUGCUUCUCUAAUGUUACAAAAUGGAGCCUAGAAAUGAUGUAUGAAUAAGAAAAAAAUAAACAGCUGUGUGUACUAUUUUUAUGUUUCGCAAAUUGCAUAUGUUAGAUUUAUUUGCAAGAAUGUGUAUUUUGUUUUCAACUUGUAAUGAGACUAGCUCGUGAUAGUAAUUCUUUUACUGAAGGUCUGAUACUCAAAAUGCUUCAAGUAAAAUUCAGAUAAUUGAAAGUAUUUCAGGAUUAUACUGCGUCUGUAAAUAUAAAGAAUGUCUUGUUGCCACUGUUGAUGCAGAUUCUCAGAAGUGCAUUACAAGGAUGUGUUAUGAUCGUUAGAUUAAGUUGCUGGGAGGUCUGGCUGUGUAUUUUAUGCCCAGUCUUUUUUCUCUGCUGUGUAACUGCUGUUAAAACAUUUUUCUUGUAAGAAGGAGAAUCUAUACUCAGAACCUAGUUGGAAGAAGUUGUCAAUUAUUUAGGAUGUAGAAGUUUAGGUAUGUUUUCCUGUUUGUUCUAGAAUGUGCAUAAUGCUGAACAAAUGCAGUACUUUCUGUAGUAGUAAUUUUUUUGCUGAAAUUUAAUUUGAAAGUAAUGUUUAUAUUUUUUUAUAUAUUUUUGUAUUUAUUUAUACUGUAUCAUUGAUGACUGUGAUUAUUUUUAAUCCACAAAAGUGAUAGAGAACCAGUUUCAUUUGUUUGGAAUUCAAAACAUUCAUGUGUAUACUGCCUUUUUGUCAUAAAUAAAAUUAAUACUAAAAAUAAUAAAUAAAAUGCUUAUCUCCUCU